AUGGCUCCCAAGCUUGUUUCGCCGCUAACGGCAUCUUUGCGGGCCUCAAAUUCCAGCGUGGUUCAUGGCUGUUCCGGAGUACCGAGAAGUUUACCUCGCAUAGAAACGGUAGUAGAAAUCAGAUCCUCAAAUGGGAGUCCGUUCAAAGUCAGAACGGUCAGUUUGGAACUCAGGACCAUCCAGAAAGUGGUGCUUCCUUCCAAAUUGGGUUCCACGGAGUCUGUAAGAGAAUUCAAGAUCUACGAUAAUCCGGUGGCUUACCGUCCUCCCGUUGGCCAGUUCCAUCUGGAAUUGAUAGCCCUUGAUAUUCCUGUGCUCAUCCCACUUCCCCGUGACAUUGUUGCCAGUGGGUAUCACCACAACACCCAGGAAAAUUGGAAGGCGAUGACCAUACAUAAACUUUUUGUACGUGUAGCAUGCGGAGAUACUGUAGAUAAUGAGCUCAACUAUGUGGAAGGCUUCCCUAUAGCUAUCAAGCUAUACGACACCUUACCCUUGUACAGACAAUUUAACGAGCCAGUUUUUGAGACACGGACCUCUAAUGACAAACAGAUUCUAGUAGAAUUGUCAAUGCCUGUGUCUGCAGUUGGUCCACGGGACGAAUUUGUGUUGUUCACGAAAGUCAUGGCUAAUCAUCACAACAAUAGACUUAAGAAGAACUUACGGCUAGCCAAGUUGACUUUGCAGAUCAAAGAAUUGCUAGAAUGCCACGAGGGAGGUUUGCCCAGUAAGUUGACUAAAAUAUAUACUACCACUAAGGAGUUCAAGCCGGAAGAAAACCAAUUGAAUACUCAGGGUAUUCUGUACAAGUUCAGAUUCGAAUUUCCCGAGGAUAACGACUACCUCCAGAUGUUCAACAACAAGAUGAACGAAUCGGAUCUGACAUUGGGAAGUCUGUCGGAUAAAACCCCGUAUAUCGAGUCAUACAAUCUUGCUCGGGAGAAAUCCAUAGACAAACUAGAGGAGGGAAUACCGUUGACACACAUUCAGGGCUUCACCACCAUAGGAAAGCUCUACUCCAUAAGAUAUGAAGCUGUUCUCAAGGUGAAGCUCAUUAAUUCCAAAGAUAUUGAAAUACAUUUGCCUAUAACGGUAAGUCCGUUUGAUAGAAUCAGUAGCAGUUAUUUGCUCCAGUGGAUCUUGAAGGAGUGUGAAUAUGCCCGUGGUCGUUUCGGUAGAAACUUAACAGACCUUGUGACAACGGCGAAGUACAAGGAUUUGGUGGAUCACUUAGAGCGUCUCAGUGCUCCACCGUUGGCUUAUAGAAACAACAGAAGCCAGUGGCAGAGACUUGGGUAUACUGUUGAUGGAUACGGAAACAGCAAGAAAAUUGUAGCUGACGCAGCUCAAAUAGAAUAG